CUUCCUCCCAGACGGCAAGGAUGUGAGGCUGGCGAGGCAGCUACCGCUCGCGACACCGGAGGGGGCGCGCAGCAAAGGCGGGCAGCCGAGCCAGGGGAUCCCGGGAGCGCAGUCGGACACCCUCCGGAGGGAAGAAAUGAGGUAGCGACCAUCCCCGGAGCCGACCAUGCGCACGCCCCGCCCUCGGAGCCUGGCGCUGCCCUGGCGGAGCCAGCCCGGACAGUGAGCCGGAGAAGCCCGAGUCCCCGGCGUCCUGCGGGAGAGAAGAUGCAGUGAGCCACGGCGGGACUGCUGCGCUGGGCCCGCCGCGGCCAGCCGGACCCACCAUCUGAGCGCACUUGGGGCAAGCAGCUGAUUCUGGGACCCGCUCAGCCGAGGGCCUCUCUGCCUCCAGCACCCCUUGGGGGUGGGGAGCAACGACCCCUGGGCACACUUGCGGUUGAGUUUCCGCGGUUUCUGGCCCUAGCCCUGGGGAUUGUGUGUGUGAGUGUGAGAGGGGGCCCCUUUUCACCUUCGCCGAGGAGUUCCUGCGUAUUCUCGCACCAUCCCGGCUGCUUUUGCUGCACGCGCGCAUCCCUUUUUUCUAAAGACAUUUUCUGCUCCACUCUCGUGCUUUCUCUCAUUUUGCUUGCCCAAGACUCUUUGCCCUGGUCCUGCCCAGGCAGGGGUAAAUCUGUGUGCUCCUCCCUCCCCCCCACUCCUUGCAGUUAAAUCCUCUUAAAAAAAAAUUCUACCCCUACCUCUUUCGGCGGGGUUCUCGAACAUCUUCCCCGCCCCCACUCCCUCCGACUGGGCCACUCCCAGCAGAGUUUUAUUUUUCGGUCUUGCCCCGGCCGGGCCCGGCCGGGGCGGGUGGCUCAGCCGGGCUCUCAAUCGGCGCUCCGCCGCCGCCGCCCAGCUGCGCUGGGGCGCCCUCCGGAGAUGCUGCCGUGGAAGAAGCACAAGUUCGAGCUGCUUGCCGAGGCGCCGCCACGGCAGGCGUCCAAACCCAAGGGCUACGCGGUGAGCCUGCACUACUCGGCGCUCAGCUCUCUGGCACGGGCGUGCCCCGAAGGCGCGCUCAGCCGGGUGGGCAGCAUGUUCCGCUCCAAGCGCAAGAAGCUGCACAUCACCAGCGAGGACCCAACUUACACCGUGCUCUACCUGGGCAAUGCCACCACCAUCCAGGCGCGCGGCGACGGCUGCACCGACCUAGCGGUGGGCAAGAUCUGGAGCAAGAGCGAGGCGGGCCGUCAGGGCACCAAGAUGAAGCUGACUGUGAGUGCGCAGGGUAUCCGUAUGGUGCACGCCGAGGAGCGUGCGCUGCGCCGCCCGGGCCACCUCUACCUGCUGCACCGCGUUACCUACUGCGUGGCGGACGCGCGACUGCCCAAGGUCUUCGCCUGGGUGUACCGGCACGAGCUCAAGCACAAGGCGGUAAUGCUGCGCUGCCACGCGGUGCUGGUGUCCAAGCCCGAGAAGGCGCAGGCCAUGGCCCUGCUGCUCUACCAGACGUCAGCCAACGCUCUGGCGGAAUUUAAACGGCUCAAGCGGCGGGACGAUGCGCGUCACCAACAGCAGGAGCUAGUGGGCGCGCACACCAUCCCGCUAGUGCCUCUGCGCAAGCUGCUCCUGCACGGACCCUGCUGCUACAAGCCGCCGGUGGAGCGCAGCCGCAGCGCGCCAAAGCUCGGCUCCAUCACCGAGGAUCUGCUCGGCGAACAGCAGGAGCAGGAGCUGCAGGAGGAAGAGAGAGGGGUGCACACGGAGGGCUGCCCGGAGGAGGAGGAGGAGGAGGAGGAGGAGGAGGAGGAGGAGGACCGAGCCGGGGAGGGAGACCCGGCAGAGCAAGAGGCCGAGGCGCAACGGGCGCUGGUGGUGGCCAUGCACUUCGAAUGCGGGGACUUGCUGGACACGCUGGAGAGUGGCCGCGAAGAGGCGCUGGGGGUCGGCGGGGUCUCACCGGGUCCUGAGGCUGGGUCGCCGUCUCUGCUGCUGGGCAGCACCUCCGACAUGAAGGCCGAGCUGUCCCAGCUUAUUAAUGAUCUGGGAGAGCUCAGCUUCGGCAACGACGUGCGCAGCCUGCAGGCCGACUUGCGGGUGACGCGCCUACUGUCGGGUGAGAGCACGGGUAGCGAGAGCUCCAUCGAAGGAGGGGGCCCGGAACCCACCACUACCACCGCCGGGGACCAGUCCGACCCCGCCGGCUGCGCCAGCUCAGACGAGCCCCACUCGGGCUGAGCUCCCAGCAAUGUCCUGUGCGCUCCCCUGUUGCCCCAUCGUGACCCCCCCCCGUUUCUCCACCACUUCCUUACCUUCCCGACCCCCCCCCAAGAAAGGGGAAAGGGGACACUUGAGGCCCAGACCCUCCCCCACCCCCAUACGUUUGGCUCUGUUUGAAGCAGGGCUCAGAUUGCACGUGGAGAUAUGGGGGAGGGAAACCCUACAAGGAAGGGGAGAGAGGCAGCCUCUGGGGUCUGGGGAGGGGAAGGGCAGCUGGUGUUAGCAAAGCCCCACAGGCGUGAGGUGUCUGCCGGCCAGUUUCCUGUUUGUGGGGCAGCUGGGGCCUGAGGAGGAGGGGUUAACGUCCUCCACCAGCCCCCAACUGGGAGCGGCCUGGCGCUGUCAUUGACAUGUCAUUAAAAAAAAAAAAAAAGAAUUUGCUCUCACAAUGUUUGAGGCUUUAGUGCCACCUCCUUGCCCCCAGUCUUUUUGGUGCGAGAGCUUGGGUUGUUUACCUCAGACUCAGACCCUUGAAAUUCUGCCAAAUUCCUCAAAUAACUGGUGGGGAAGGGAGGGGGGGAGAAAGAAAGUUGCAUUUUGUUUACAGUUAAAGACAUCUAAUAUCUAAAAAAGGAGUUUUCCUUUAGAAACACAUACACCUUGCUCCCGCUCAAAAGAUCUCACUCCAUGAUACUGUGUAAAAUAUUUUUGCACUGUUGUGAAGUAUUUUUGACAUCUUUUUGGUUUUUUUUUGUACAUAACUGUGUUCUCAGAGUCCAAUGUUUAUAUCUUUUGCUGUGCAAAAGGGACAUGUAAAAUGUUGUUCAGCUGUAUAUACAGAAAUGUGUAUAAAACAUUUUGUUAUUUUUAAAGAGUA